CACACACACACUGAACGGCCGCUGGACUCCAUUAACGCAAAAGCCUCCAGGAGCUCCGCCGCUGGACGCGAUUUUGUUCUUUUUCGGGAACCUUCCUCAUGAUAGGAUUAAAUACGCGGUCGAAGGAAAGAAAACGCGCAGCGUGCUGAAGCUCCGGGGACUGAAGUGGUGUUUUGCGGAUCUGUUUCGGCGUAUUUGGGAAGGAUGGCGUUGGACGGUAUACGGAUGCCGGAUGGCUGCUACGCAGACGGGACCUGGGAGCUGAAGAUGCAUGUCACUGACCUCAACAGGGACGUGUCUCUCAGAGUCACCGGGGAAAUCCACAUCGGCGGUGUGAUGCUCAAACUCGUGGAGAAACUCGAUGUGAAGAAGGACUGGUCAGAUCAUGCGCUGUGGUGGGAGAAGAAGAAGACCUGGCUGCUAAAGACGCACUGGACGCUUGAUAAAUAUGGCAUUCAGGCUGACGCCAGGCUGCUCUUCUCGCCGCAGCACAAACUGUUGCGCCUGCAGCUGCCCAACAUGAAGCACAUGAGGGUGAAGGUCAACUUUUCUGACCGCGUCUUCAAGGCCGUCUCCGACAUCUGCAAAACCUUCAACAUCCGGCAUCCUGAGGAACUCUCCUUACUCCGCAAGCCCCGCGACCCCAAGAAGAAGAAGAAAAAGCUGGAGGAGGCAGAGGAGGAGGCGCUGGAGCUGGAAGGACCACUGCUCACUCCUGGAUCAGUCUCUGAGAUACUAUACAUUGGACCAGUAAAAGGAAGCAUCUAUUCUAGUCCUGGACUUUACAGCAAGACCAUGACACCUACCUAUGACUCUCGGGACGGCAGCCCUCUGUCCCCCACCACAGCAUGGUUUGGAGACAGUCCGCUGUCAGAAGGCAAUCCCAGCAUCCUCGCUGUCAGCCAGCCCAUCACCUCACCCGACAUUCUGGUCAAGAUGUACAAACCACAGUCCCUCCUGGACAAGGCCAAGAUCAACCAGGGGUGGCUGGACUCCUCCAGAUCACUGAUGGAGCAGGAUGUGAAGGAGAACGAGGUUCUUCUGCUCCGGUUCAAGUAUCACAGCUUCUUUGACCUCAACCCAAAGUAUGAUGCCAUCAGGGUGAACCAGCUGUAUGAGCAGGCCAAGUGGGCCAUCCUGCUGGAGGAGAUCGAAUGCACCGAGGAGGAGAUGAUGAUGUUCGCCGCCCUGCAGUACCACAUCAACAAGCUGUCCAUCAUGUCUUCAGACAAUCACAUGAACAACAGUGAGAAGGAGGUCGAUGAGGUUGAUGCAGCUCUCUCAGAUCUGGAGAUCACUCUCGAGGGAGGAAAGACGUCCAACACGCUGGGUGACAUCACAUCCAUUCCUGAACUGGCCGACUACGUGAAAGUCUUCAAACCAAAGAAACUCACUCUGAAAGGAUACAAGCAGUACUGGUGCACGUUCAAGGACAUCACAAUCUCCUGCUACAAGAGCCGCGAGGAGGCCCAUGGCACGCCGGCGCACCAGAUGAACCUGAGAGGCUGUGAAGUCACACCAGAUGUGAACAUUUCCGGUCAGAAAUUCAACAUCAAGUUGCUAAUUCCUGUAGCAGAUGGUAUGAAUGAGAUCUGGCUGCGGUGUGAUGCUGAGAAGCAGUACGCUCAGUGGAUGGCGGCUUGCCGUUUGGCCUCCAAAGGGAAGACGAUGGCAGAUAGUUCCUACAACUUGGAGGUCCAGAACAUUCUGUCCUUCCUGAAGAUGCAGCACAUGAAUCCUGAUCCUCAGAUCAUAGAGCCCAUCACCAUCGACAUCAACCCUGAGUGCCUGGUGUCUCCACGAUACCUGAAGAAGUACAAGAACAAGCAGCCAGGCUUUGUCAGGGACUUGAUUUCAGCCCGUAUUCUGGAAGCCCAUCAGAAUGUGGCUCAGAUGAGCCUUAUUGAGGCCAAGAUGCGCUUCAUACAGGCCUGGCAGUCCUUGCCAGAGUUUGGAAUCACACAUUUUCUUGCCAAGUUCCAGGGGGGCAAGAAAGACGAGCUGAUUGGCAUCACCUACAACAGACUGAUCCGUAUGGACGCCAGCACAGGAGACGCCAUCAAGACCUGGCGCUUCAGCAACAUGAAGCAGUGGAACGUCAACUGGGAGAUUAAGAUGGUGACGGUGGAGUUUGCAGACGAGCCCAGUCUGGCGUUCAUCUGUGCCGAGGUGGACUGCAAAGUGGUGCACGAGUUCAUCGGCGGCUACAUCUUCCUGUCCACGCGUGCCAAGGACCAGAACGAGUCUCUAGACGAGGAGAUGUUCUACAAGCUGACCAGCGGCUGGGUCUGAGCGCCGCAACACUUCAUCCUGCUACUUUCACACUUCUUCUUCUUCUUCUCUCUCUCUUUAACCACUCCAUCGUGGCCGCAUCAUAAUUGUUUGAAAACUUGUAAUUCUGUUUAUGCUUCCCUCCAGAAGUGAUUUGAGAGUUUGAGAUGAAGCAUUAGUAGCUGACCGCUAUAUAUGACCUAUAUCUAUGACCUUUGACCCUCAAUAGAAAUACGCCAGCUUUGUGCACCGCCGAAAUGCCAAUUAUUUAUUUGUCACUAAUUUACGUCGUCUCUCUGGGUAGCUGUCGAAUGUGCGGUGCUCGUUUGUGCCUAUUAAUCUGUAAUGAUAACUGUCGCAUUAAAGUGACGUUAUAGAGACACUAGAAGGAAAUGUUACACUAGCUUUAACGUUGCUGCUUCUGAACGCUCUCGACCGAUGAGUAGAUGAUACUACACUUCAGCUCGGCAGUCUUUGGUCAAAAACCCAAUCAGUUUGGUCCUUUCUAAGCACUUGGAAGAUAAGCUGUCGCUUGAAGGUUCGUGUGUUCAACACUACAUUACAUGUAAUGAGACAGAUAUUUUUUUACACUAUGAAGGAGAAGAGUCGUCCACUUUUUUUUUGUAGCAACAUAGGAGAACAUUUAUGAAUCUGUGGCUCCACAGUCUGCUUUUGAAGGUCAUUAUUGAUUUCCCGUUGUAGGAAGUUUCUUUUUAUUAUGAAGUCUGUUAUUUUAUUCAUCAUGCUUUAUUGUGAACCAGUAUAGUAUUAUUCAAAAGCGUUUCUUUAAUACGCACCAGCGAUAGGUCACAAACCAUGCAAUUUCCUUUUGUUUUUUUCUUUUCAAAAUGAAGGAUCGCUAAAUGAAGUAUUC